AUGGGCGUGCUUGAUGAGACCGAAGAAGCCAAGAACAAGCGAUAUCAGCAGCUUUUUAACACGAUAGACGUCAAGAGACAAGGUAAGGUGAGCCUCGGAGACCUAAAACAAGCAUUUGACAAAAUCAAUCAUCCCCUCAAAGACUCUCCGGAUGCAAUAGAGAAGAUUUUUAGCUCACUGGACUGCAACAAGGAUUCCAGCGUGGAUUUUGAAGAUUUCAAGAACUACGUCACUGCUGCAGAAGCCCAAAUUCGACAAGGUUUUCAGCGAAUCGACAGCGAUCAGGACGGAAGAGUAAAAUUAGCAGAACUGUCACAGUAUUUGAGACGGCUUUCUGGUGCUGAUGCCCAGAAUACCGAAAAACCUGCAAUCACUUUCCAAAAUUUUGUGAAAUGGGCAUUUCGCUCAAAAAAGACGACUCCGGAAAACAACACCUACAUCACAUAUGAUCAAUGGCGCGAUUUUCUAUUAUUUAUACCCAGAACCAAAGGAUCACGUUUUCAUACUGCAUACUCCUACUUUUACCUAUUCAAUGAGGACGUGGACCUUUCUUCUGAAGGCGAUGUCACUUUAAUUAACGACUUUAUCCGUGGCUUUGGUUUUUUCCUAGCUGGUGGUAUUUCCGGGGUUAUCUCGAGAACAUGUACCGCUCCUUUCGACAGAAUCAAGGUUUUCUUGAUAGCGAGAACUGAUCUUUCGUCAACGUUAUUAAACUCCAAAAGGAACUUACUCAAAAAUUCCACUCAAACCGAUUUGUCCAAAAUAAAAUCACCACUGGUGAAAGCUGCUACAUCUUUAUACCGUCAAGGAGGUUUGAGGGCAUUUUAUGUCGGCAAUGGUCUAAAUGUGAUAAAGGUCUUUCCUGAAUCUGCAAUGAAAUUUGGAUCUUUCGAGCUGGCGAAAAAAAUGAUGGCUCGACUAGAAGGCAUCAAAGACGUCUCCGAGCUGUCUAAAGUCUCCACCUACAUUUCAGGUGGAAUGGGAGGUGUAGUUGCUCAAUUUUCAGUUUAUCCCAUUGACACUUUGAAAUAUAGGGUUCAGUGCGCACCUCUAAAUACAUCGCAAAAGGGUAACCAAUUACUCUUUGCAACUGCUAGAGAAAUGUAUCAUACUGGCGGACUCAAAUUAUUUUACCGCGGUGUCGGCGUCGGCGUGGCUGGUAUAUUCCCAUAUGCUGCUCUAGAUUUGGGCACAUUUUCUGCAUUAAAACGGUGGUAUAUUGCUAGACAGGCUAAGAUCGAGGGAAUUCCAGCAGAUCGAGUCACAAUGAGCAAUUUGUUUGUUCUCUUGAUGGGUGCUGUAAGCGGUACGGUAGGUGCAUCGGUCGUGUACCCAAUCAACCUAUUAAGGACAAGGCUACAGGCUCAAGGGACGUAUGCCCACCCGUAUACCUAUACAGGUUUCAAUGACGUACUUGCAAAAACGAUUCAACGAGAAGGAUAUCAAGGUUUAUUCAAAGGGCUUGUACCAAACUUGGCCAAAGUAUGUCCCGCAGUUUCCAUAAGUUACCUUUGCUACGAAAACCUCAAACAAGCGUUUGAUUUAGAAAGGUGA